AUGUCUGAUGAUAGCGCACAAGAUUAUCGAUCCGCUGAUGGGAGCAACAACAACAUCCAUCUUCCUAAUGUCGGCAAGGCCGGUUCCUACUACGCGCGCAUGGUCACUCCAAGACACAUACCUACAAAGCUUCCCGAUCCAGAACUGCUCUUCGAUACACUGCUCGCGCGAGAAGCCAAGCCAAAGGCACACCCCAGCCAACUAUCGAGUCUGUUCUUUGCCUUCGCGGCUGUCAUGGUAUGCGAUGUGUUUCGUACAGGCGACGAAGAUAACGAUGUGGCCAUGACAUCUUCAUACUUGGACCUAUCGUCACUAUACGGGGAAUCAGAGGAAGCACAGAGCUCUGUUCGCACCUUCGUCGAUGGGAAGUUGAAGCCUGAUGCUUUUGCUGAUACAAGGAUCCUUAGCCGGCCAGCAGCGUCCUCUGCUCUGAUCGUAUGCUUUUCGCGGUUUCACAACAUUGUUGUUGAGCAACUGGCCAUCAUCAACGAGAACGGACGAUUCAGCCCGCCCUGCAACGCGGCUGGAAUUGACACUGGUUUUUACAAGCGAGCUCUCAGCAAGCGCGACAACGACCUCUUCCAGACUGCACGGCUGGUAACGACGGGAUUAUACAUCAACAUUGUCCUGAAAGACUACGUGCGCACAAUCCUCAAUCUACAGUGCGUAGAUUCUUCGGUGACCUUGGAUCCGCGAGCAAAGAUAGAGGGUAUUAUCGGGCAGACAGACGUUGAUAAGGCCCGCGGCAACCAGACAAGCGCCGAGAUCAACAUGAUCUAUCGGUGGCAUUCGACUAUAUCGACGAAGGACGAGGACUGGCUCACAGAUCACAUGUCUAUGAUAUGUCCAGAUAUGAAAAUUGGCCAUCUGACAUUGGAAGACAUGCGAGCUGGCAUGCGUCGCCAUGCUGCUAUACCGCCUGCCGACCCUGGUCGACGUGUCUUCGCUGGUCUCGAAAGGAAGAAUGAUGGCUACUUUCGCGAUGAGGAUAUCGUUCAAAUACUCACAGAAGCCACGGAUGAAGUUGCCAUGAGCUUCGGCCCACAUCGUGUCCCUUUGGCGUUGAAGGUCAUCGAGGUAAUGAGUAUCGAGCAAGGUCGACAGUGGGGUGUGGCUUCUCUCAAUGAGACCAGGAGAUUCUUUGGCAUGACAUCCCACACCUCGUUCACCGAUAUCCAUCCCGAUCCCGAUGUCGCUGCCGCGCUCGAAGUCUUGUACGAGGAUGUCGAGAACGUUGAGCUAUAUGCCGGAACUAUUCUGGAAGAGCCAACUGCUCCAAUGACUCCGGGAUCGGGUCUGUGUGCGGGAACGACUGCGACCCGAGCAGUGGUGUCACAUGCGCUCUCUCUUAUUCGGGGGGAUCGAUUCUACACCGUGGACUACACCCCGCACCACCUGACAGCUUUUGGGUACAACGCAGCUUCCAGCGAAUACUCAAUCGAUGGCGGAGGCGUCAUGUACAAGCUACUGAUGAGAGUCUUUCCCGAAUACUAUCGUGGCAACUCGAUUUACGCGCACUACCCGCUGACCACACCUUUGGAGAUGAGACGACGACAGAAGUCUCUCGGACACGAGACAGAUUUCUGCUAUGAAAAGCCUCGCUACGGGUCGCCUCCCACAGUCAUCACUGAUUACAAGAUGAUCCUCCGUAUUCUUCGUGACCAGACUUUGUACACGACAGCUUGGACUCAUACCUUGCGGCAAUUGGAGUAUCAACCACACGUUCUGCUUGGUCACACCAGCGCUGCCAUAAAACAGCAAGACAUUAUUCGACAAGCUAUACUCGGCCCAGAGGAGUCUGUGGAAAUCUUUGCGCACUUCCUCAACCUGAAAACCACCCAGCUCGUGCUAACCAACAGCAAGUGGCUUUUCAAAGUGGCCGAAAUAGACGCGAUCAAAGACGUGGCAGCUCGCAGUUGGACACAAUUUGCUGCGUGUCUGUUCAACAUCCCGAUCAACGACUCGCAAGAUUCAACGGCCAGCUUUGAUGACAAGCAGCUCUUUAGCAAGAUGAUAGCAGUAUUUCACUUUGUUCAUCUAGACAACAACCCUGCGAAGUCUGCCGCACUCCGGAGGGAUGCAAUCACUGCAAGCGAUGAAAUGUCGAAAGAGGUCAGGGUUGUUUGUGAAGGAAUGAAAGCAUCACCCGUUGUGCAGUUUCCGGAUCCUCGCAAGCGACGACAUGCGAAGCGCAAUCUCAUGCCAGACCAUGGAGCGAAAGUGAUGCAACGGCUCUUCGACAAUGGGGCAAAGGUCAAAGAAGUUGUCUCUCUAGUGGUCAUACUUGCUGUUGAUCUUGUCGUGUUCAGCACCUUUGCUUUCUGCCAAAUCAUCGAUCUCUUCCUCUCGGAACCUUACCAUUCUACGCACUGGCCGGACAUUCAGAAACUGGCGAAAGAUAUCACACCAGCAAACUCCGAGGUAUUGCGCGCAUACGUGCUUGAGGCUCUGCGCCUUAUUACACCCGCAACUGGCUUCCUCCGCAUCCCUAACACCUUUCUCACUACUAGCGACUGGCGACACGCAGAGGGUAUAAACAAGGGUGACGACCUUAUCCUCGACGUGGCAACUGCAUCUCGCGAUCCCGCUAUCUUUCCUGACCCCGACAACAUCAACCUCGACCGUCCACACGAGCUAUAUCUACCAUUCAUCGACGGGCUGCACGGAGCUCUGACCAGGCCCAUCAUCGUUGCUGGUUUAGUCACUCAGUUGCGUAUCUUUGCUCGGAUGGAAGGUCUCAGAAAGGGGCCAGGUACGCAAGAAACGUUGAGGCGGGAGGUUCAAGAGGGUACUGUAAGCUUUUUGAGCGAGGCUAAGGAUGAGUGGGUGCCAUUGCCAGUCAGCAUGCGAGUGCACUACGACACCUUCGAUCCUACUGCAUGCGCGACCUUAGCAUGA